UUUUUCUCUUUUUUCAGCUGUAAUUUGCUAAAGCACAUAAACGCAUAGAGAGCAAGAGAGAGAGAGAGAGAGAGAGAGAGAGAGAGAGAGAGAGAGAGAGGUAUACCAUGGGAGAUGCAAGCUUGGCUGCAGAGAGCUGCAGAGCUGAUGAUGUUGUUGUAGUGGAAGCUGCAGAGGUUGCAGUGGUGGCUGCCGGAGAAAUUCAGGAAGGGGGUGGCGGAGGAGAAUUAGGCGGCGACGGCGGUGUGUCGAAUUCAGGUGAAGACGAUAAGGGUAGAACCGAGGAAGGCGACCGGAAUUACGCCGGAAACCGAUGGCCUCGACAAGAAACUUUAGCACUAUUGAAGAUACGUUCCGAUAUGGAUGCUACUUUUCGCGACUCUACUCUCAAAGGUCCAUUGUGGGAAGAUGUUUCAAGGAAGAUGGCAGCACUUGGUUACAAUCGCAGUGCCAAAAAAUGCAAAGAGAAAUUCGAGAACGUUUACAAGUACCACAAGAGAACCAAAGAUGGACGAACAGGCAAAUCUGAAGGAAAAACUUAUCGUUUUUUUGAUCAAUUAGAAGCUUUCGGAACCCACCACCAUUCUAAUAAUCCACCAUUAUCAAACAAGCCUCCUUAUCAUCCUCCACCUCCUCAAGUAAUAUCCACAUCAACCACUCCAUGGACGACCAACCAAGCUCCAACAAUCUCUCACAUCUUUGCUCCAUCACCACCACAAAACAUCACAAACCCUACAAUCAAUAUUCCUCCAUUGCCACCCACACCAACAAACCCUACAAGUUCUUUGCCAUUGCAUACAAAAUCCCCAAACCCUUCUCUCACCACCGUUCCGCUUGCUUCCUCUAACCUUUUCUCGAGCUCCACUUCUUCCUCCACCGCCUCCGACGAAGAAUUCCAACGCCGCCACAAGAGGAAGAGAAAAUGGAAAGAGUUCUUCAGGAGGCUGACCAAGGAGGUCUUGCGGAAACAAGAGGAGCUCCAGAUGAAGUUCUUGGAAACCGUUGAGAAGUGCGAGCACGAUAGGAUGGUUCGAGAAGAAGCUUGGAGGUUGCAAGAGACGGCGAGGAUCAAUAGGGAGCAUGAAAUUCUAGUCCAGGAAAGAUCCACGGCGGCAGCGAAAGACGCCGCCGUGAUAGCAUUCUUGCAGAAGGUUUCCGGUGGCGGAGCCGGAGGUGGCGGAGGACAACACAACACGAACGGAGAAGUCCGUUUCAAUAUCAUGUCGCUUCCUCCUCCUCAGCCACCAGCACCACAAGCGCCACCAUCAGCACUGCCAAAACCACAACCAGCGUCGGCCGUCUCAGCUAAUUUGGAAAUUUCGAAAUUGGAUUACAACGAAACUAAUAACAAUGCGGCGGCUUUAUCGAUCUCUACUUCGAGGUGGCCGAAAGCAGAAGUUCAAGCUUUGAUACAACUGCGGACAAAUCUGGAUUUGAAGUACCAAGAUAACGGACCGAAAGGGCCUCUAUGGGAGGAGAUCUCGGCGGGGAUGAGAAGGAUGGGAUACAAUCGGAGCGCGAAGAGAUGCAAAGAGAAGUGGGAGAACAUCAACAAGUACUUCAAGAAAGUGAAGGACAACAACAAGAAAAGAAGUGAAGAUUCGAAGACUUGUCCAUAUUUUCACCUGCUCGAUGCCUUAUACAGAGAGAAAAACAAAGCGGACAAUAUCAAUAUCAAUAGUAAUAGUAAUAUUUCAUGCAAUAAUAUUGUUGUUGCGGAUCAGAAUGGUAAUGGUAAGGUGGAGAAGCCGGUGGAGGCGGCGAAUAUAGGAAUGGAGCCAUUGAUGGUUCAACCAGAGAGACAAUGGCCGCUUCAAGAGGAUAAGAACCAGUUGGAUUCAGUAAUGGAAGAUAUUGGGGUGAGAGGAAAUGCAGAUCCAAAUCAUGAAGAGGAAGAAGACGAUGAUGAUGAUAAUGGUGAUGACGAUGGCGAGGAUGACGAUGGAGACAGUACUGAAGAUGAUGCAGAAAGAGGCGGUUAUGAGAUAGUAACCAACAAACAGUCAUCAAUGGACAUGGUUGAGUGAGACAAGAUAACGAAGCUUCUUUUUCAGAGUUUAACGUAAAAAAAAAAAAAAAAAAUUGAAAAAGGAAAAUAUUUUGCAUUUGCCAAAACUGUCUCAACAAUUUGACGGUAAAAAGGAAAAAAAAAUUUUCCAAAAAGGAGAUAAUAUAUUUUCAGGUUCUUUUACUCUUUACUUUAUACUUUAUACUCCCCCCCCCCAAAAAAAAAAAAAAAAAAAAAAUAGUUGGGCGUUACCAAAAGAUGUUCAUAUAUAUUCUUGAAUAUUAUUAUAUUAUUAUUGUGGGUCAGAUUUCAAAAGGGUGUACAUGUGUGAAUGUGGAGAAUUUUCAAGGCAUGCCCAGUUUUAGUGGGUUCAUUUCAAAUGUUUAUUAAUGAUUUAUGUUUUAUAUUAUAAGAGAGAGAGAGAGAGAGAGUUGGAGAAAAUAAAUGAAGAGGCUAGUUUUGUACUUAUCUUUGUGUAUCUUUGUGUUCAUAGGGAGAUAGAGAUUCCGCGUGGUAAAUAAAGAAAACAGACCGAUGUUAGUUUUACUAUUGUGUUCAAUAUAAAUGGGGAAGUUUUGCUGUUUCUUUA